AUGCUUUCCAAGCUUACCUUUGCCAUCGUGGCACUUCAAGCCAGCCUUGCCCUAGCUGGCAAAGCCGUCAUCGCCAACCGCUGCGACUACGACAUCUGGGUCUGGUCAAUCUCUACUGGCCAUGCCUCCUCAUCCUUCAUGGUCCCUGCAGGAAGCACCCACAGCGAGGCCUACACUGGAACUAGCACUUCCCUCAAAGUCAGCAAGUCCGACGCUUUGGUUGCUGGCAAGCACACACAGUUUGAGUACUCCAUCGCGGCUGGCCAGCUCUGGUACGACAUCUCCUUUGUCGAUUGUGCCAAUGGCGAGUCUGCGUCCAACUGCCCUGGACAUGACGAAGGCCUGGCCAUGAACGCCAACAACGACAGCUGCGGCCAGAUCGACUGCCCCGCUGGAGACUACUGCCCUACGCAGGCCUACUACGUCGACACGCCUCUGCAAAAGCUGGGUAUCGCCGAGCCAGUUUUCAUGUGCCCCCUGUCUCUGGGCACCAGCGUUGAUCUGUCCAUGACAGUCUGCUCUGGAAACCCCAAGAUCAAGAGGAGCAUCGCUGGCCGUAUCCAGAUUGAUGGCGAGGCUUAG